AUGGUUCGCAAGGAACAUUUGGUUACUCAUCCAAAUUUAAUGAGCAUUUGGUAUCAUGAUCAAUAUGUUUCGAUUGAUGUUAUGCAGCACAUGAAGAAGCAUCUUUAUAAUAACUUUGCUUAUUCACGUAUCUUCAGUAAAACAGCGGAUUUAAUAGAUUAUCUUGCCAAUCCGCUCGUAAUUAAAAGUAUAGUUUUCAUCUUAAGUAUCAAGAAUGAGAAGGAAGCAUAUCCCAUUACCAAGAUUGCUAAACGGCGUCCGGAGUUUCGAAGCUUACAUAUAUUGCCACGUGAACUAUACGUGUCUUCGCCACUUCCAGACACUGUAAGUGUUCAUUCUCUUCUGAAGAAAAGUUUCAAGAAAAUUGUUAACGAACUACAAGCCGAAGAGUCAUCACGAACUACUGUACCUCAAGAGGACAAUCAAGAAAAUAUGAUAGGCGAAGUGCCGCAUUUUGACACUUUCAAGCCUAUUUCUGCACAGAAAUCGUUUUGUGAUUUGAAUAAUGAAUCUCUACAAUUCCUUCUAUUUCAAUCUUUAAUUGAAGCACUCGUAAAACGUCAAUAUGAGAAAGAUGCUUUUAGUUAUAUGUGGCAGAUUUUACGUCAAGAUUAUGCAAGUAAUCCUGCACAAGUGGAAAAAAUUUGGAAAUUGGCGACGGAAUAUACACCACAGAAAGCAAUUCACUAUUACACUAAAACCUCCGGUGUUUUUCGACUCAUCAAUAAAGCUUUUCGAAUGGAGGAUGUUGAACGCAUUUAUCGGUUUGGUUGCUAUUUAGCCGACCUACAUAAACAAUUAGAAGAGACAGGAAACGAGCAAAGAUUAAAUCAAAACAAAAAUAUCAAGAAGACGUUUCGAGGGAAAAAAGUUGAAAGGGGUGUUGUACAACAAUUGAAAGAUAGUAAAGGGCAUGUUAUCGCCUUAAACGGACUGCUCUCAACAAGCACCGACCCUGAGGUCGCCAAAAUGUAUUCAGGAGGUGAAACAAUUCAAAGUGAUUAUCAAAAUGUCACAUUUGAGAUGCACAUCGAUUUCAGCACGACAAAAUUACUCAGACCAUAUGCAGACGUUACGAAGCUUAGUGAAAUUUCUGACGACAGUGAAGUUCUAUUUUUCACAGGUUUUGUUUGGAAAAUAGAAGACGUGGAAGAGUCACCAGCAAAUGUUUGGCUUAUUAAGCUUCGAUCAUGCACAGAUAAGGAUGCUGACCUGUUGGAGUAUAUUGAGGAGGCAAGACGUGACUGUUCCUACUUAACCAUCGGUACAAUUUUGCAAGAGCUCGGUGAUCAUGCUCAAGCAAGUAACUUUUAUCAACGUAUGCUGAAGGAUGAAAAUCUUACUGAUAAAAUUCGCUGUGACAUCCUUGUACAUCAGGCCAAGUUAGCCGAAAAUCAAGGUGAAUAUUUGCAGGCGCUAGAAUAUUUAAAAGUAGUGGAAUCGGUCAAACUUGAAACAGCAUCGAACCCCAAUCAGUCAGCACGACUACGACCGCUUUUCGCGCACAAAAAUCUCACUUCUAAAUUGCACAUUUUUUAUAAUAUGGGUAUGUUGUAUUGGAAAGAUGCGAAGUCUAAAUUAGCUCGACAAUAUUUUGAAGCGGCUCUUCAACAAAAAGGAUCCGAUGAUGAACUAGCAACCGUGCUGAAUAGUUACGGCCGAUUCGAAUUCGGAUUUGGAAACAUUCAACAAGCUCUUAAUUAUUUACAGAAAGCAGUGCAACUCGCUAAAGAUGAUGAGCUUUUAUCGGAUUGCACCAAAAAUCUAAGCAUGAUCCGGGAACAUGUGCGAUAG